GAGCAGGAAGGCGGACGUUUCGGGCCUAGACCCUUCUUUGUUUUACUUAUCACAAGUAACCCGCGGGACAGUGUCAUUUACUUUCACCGUAAUCCUCGUGUUUUGUUCUUUUACAGGCUGGAAGAAGCCCGUUGACCCCGAUUACACCGACAGGUGGAGAAAGACAGCAGUAUCUACGCUUACCGCUGGAGGCUUUGAGAUACGUCGCAGGGCUACAUUAGCAGUUCGCCGGAUUGGAAAUGCAGUGAAAGGGGGUGGGGAGGCAUGAGUGUUGACAAUAAAAUGCAAAUGCAAUUGGUUCUCAUUCAGUUUUUCUGACGCUUAAAAAUACGAACCCGGUAUUGCAUUUACUUUUAUGCUUCCCCACUGCUAGGUCAGUGAUUUAUCACUAAUCUCUUCUCUUCGCCAUUCCGCUGCAGAGGUGCAGGCGGCUCCUGAUUUCCCAACAAUACUGUGUUUUGCCUGUGAAACAGAUCAGCCGUCGGUAGGGCCGACACCACCGGGAUUGAGGCCGGAGUGGGGAAGGAACGCAACCCGAGGGCUCGUGCCGGGCACAGAACGCGGCCUGGGAGGUAGCGCGCGUGCGCCGCUGGGGCCGAAGCUGCCGUUGAAAGUCACUCCGGGCUCGGAUGCGGGGCGAUUCCUGGCGGAGGGAGUCAGGGGAGUGUGAGGCGUUCCAACCGACAUUGGAGACACAACCCAGGGGGCAGUUAGACUGCGACAAGCCGCACGCACGUAUACACGAUCCUCGGAGAUGCCUCUCUUUGCCGCCAAUCCAUUCGAUCAAGAUGUUGAGAAAGCAACCAGUGAGAUGAACACUGCGGAAGACUGGGGCCUCAUCCUAGAUAUCUGUGACAAAGUGGGACAAUCUCGUACUGGGCCAAAAGACUGCUUGAGAUCUAUUAUGAAAAGAGUGAAUCACAAGGAUCCGCAUGUUGCUAUGCAGGCACUAACUCUGCUCGGAGCUUGUGUGUCAAACUGUGGCAAAAUCUUUCACCUCGAAGUUUGCUCAAGAGACUUUGCGAGUGAAGUAAGCAGUGUCUUAAAUAAGGGUCACCCAAAAGUCUGUGAAAAACUGAAAGCCCUCAUGGUAGAGUGGGCAGAAGAAUUUAAGAAUGACCCUCAACUUAGUCUUAUAUCUGCUAUGAUAAAAAACCUGAAAGAACAAGGAGUUACAUUUCCUGCAGCAGGUUCUCAGGCUGCAGAACAGGCAAAGGCGAGCCCUGCUUUGGUGGCAAAGGAUCCAAAUGUAACCGCAAUCAAAAGAGAAGAGGAGGACUUAGCGAAAGCCAUUGAAUUGUCAUUGAAAGAACAGCGACAGCAACAGACUACAGUCUCUAAUUUGUAUCCAAGCACUCCGAGUCUUAUGACUAGUAAACCUGAAGGACGCAAGGUGCGAGCCAUCUAUGACUUUGAAGCUGCAGAAGAUAAUGAGCUCACCUUUAAAGCUGGAGAGAUUAUUACUAUAUUAGAUGACAGUGAUCCAAAUUGGUGGAAAGGUGAAACAUAUCAAGGGAUUGGAUUGUUUCCAUCAAAUUUUGUGACCGCAGACCUAACAGCAGAACCAGAGAUAUUGAAAAUUGAAAAGAAAACUGUACAAUUUAGCGAUGAGGUUCAAAUUGAGACGCUGGAACCAGAACUUGAACCUGUUUAUGUUGAUGAAGAAAGGAUGGAUCAACUAUUACAGAUGUUGCAGAGUGCUAACCCCACAGAUGGUCAACCAGAUUCACAAGAACUGCUUCAUCUAGAAGGUAUCUGUCACCAAAUGGGACCACUCAUAGAUCAGAAGUUAGAAGAAAUUGACAGGAAACACUCUGAACUAUCGGAUUUAAAUGUGAAAGUGAUGGAGGCUCUAUCCUUGUAUGCUAAGUUGAUGAAUGAGGAUCCGAUGUAUUCCAUGUAUGCUAAACUCCAGAGCCAACAGUAUUACAUGCAACCAUCUUCUGUAGCGGUUUCUCAGGUAUAUACCGGACAGCCUCCAAGUGGUGCAUAUGUAAUAUCUGGAACACCUCAGUUGGCUUCAGGCCAGGGGUACAGUAUUCCAUCAGAUCAAGUUCCAUCUCUCAGUCAAGCUGGUCUACCACUAACUGUUAGCUCAGCCCUGUCCAGCCAGCAAGCUCCAACAUCGUAUACCAGUGCAGUGGACAGUACUGUGAAUGCAAAUACAUACCUAACGCAAGCAUCUGUCUGUAAUCAACCUGCCCCUUCAAAUGUUGACAUGACUAGUUACCAAAGUACUGGCCUAAAUGGACAGCAGAUGCCAAACUAUAGUGUUGCCUCAGCAAGCCAUGGGCAACAGUCCACCAGUCAGCAACAAUCUCCUUACUCACAGAAAGCACUUCUAUAGGAAAUGUGAUCACUCCCUCUCAUCCAUCUUAUCCUUGACAUCGGCUAGGAACGAAUAGGUAGUAGUGCAAUUUACAGGAAUUGAAAGUCAUCAAUCUGCGCAGACUGCACCGAACUUUUUUUUUCACAAACAAAACCACCUUGUGCUGAAGGAGUACGAAUGAUAACCUGCCCCAGUCAAAUGUUAUGUUCUCACAAUGACUGCAGCUAUUUAUAAUGAACAUAACUUCCUGUUUUGUGGGAAAUUGUGGGACUGGUUGUUAGUUUCGUGUACGUGCAUUGAUUUACUGCAUUAAUGUUAAAUUUGAUAGCUAUAAGUAAAUGCGUGAACAUAAACUGCUGCAGGUGGUAUAGAAAUUAAUUCGUGUUGGCUUUAAAUUUAGAUUAUCAAAGUUUUGUAGUAAUUUUAAGUUAUAUAUGUAUAUUAUAAAAUUUGUUUUUCCCUACGAUGUGAAGAAUGAAAUCUAUGUAGUCUCAUUUUGCACUUCGUCAAAAGUGACCUCCCAAAUGCCUGCAGUGAUCUUUCUCCUUUGGACCAGAAUAACUACCCGAGUAAAUAACCUGUUGCAAUACUUUAUGCACCCCAGUAAGUCCACUUUGGUGUUUAAAAUGGAAACUAUACUGCUAGCAGUACUAUAAAAAUAACUUUAUAUGCAGUAUGCAUUUUUUAAAUAGUAAAAGUUUUUGGGUUUAAUUUCUCAGUGGAAGGCCAGAAGACUUAUUAUGAGCCACUUUGCAACUGUAUGCAGUUCAGCAGUACAACUCUGAUUUUCUCAUUCUGUUAUUUCCUCAGGGUCAGGCAGCCAAUUACUGUUGGGAUUAGAAAGUACUUAUUUUCUAGAAGGAAGAAACUAUUCUACUCCAAGGUAAAAUGAAUGUGACAAAGUCCAAAAUGAAAACUGGAAUUUCAAUACAGCUGCUGGGAUGUAAACCUCCUGUCAAACAAUUUCUUAAUAUAUAUAGUUCUGGUGUUACUGUGGUGGUGCACGGAGUUUUCUUUUAACAUAGCACUCCAAUUUUACUGCCAAAACUCCCAAAUCCCAGCUUUGAAGCAAAGGCUGCUGUUGAUCCCUGGUCAGAAUUGGAGUAAACUGUGUGGAAUAAAAGUUUGAAUUGAGACUGAGAUUCGAUAGCUUCUGCAAUGAUGGUUGAAAGAGUUUAGAAGACAAGUCGAGAACUUAAAUAACGCCAAAGGAAUUUUAAUAUGUCCUAUCUUUAUCUUGACCAACUGUUUGAAAAUUGUUGAAUUAAAAGAGUUGGAGUACUAUGGCUAUGAAGACACGUGGCAGAUUUUCCCAUAGUCUUUAGGACUUGACAAUUUAAUACUGAAAUAGUGGGCAAACAUACAUUCACUCAACUGCACAUUUCCGUAAAUUGGCCAUUUUUGUUCAGAGACCAGGUUUGCAGUCCAUUGAAGGAUGGCAGGUGAUCUAUCAAAGCUGGUGGACCAUUAGCAGACCCUCCUGCUUGGAAUUAGCAGCAGUGCAACAGCAGUGGGUGGGCAAGGGAGGAAAAUGGAGGAGCCCUCUUUCCAACUUUUUAUUCAAAUGUAAAAUAAAGAAAAGGUCUUUGUGGCCAGGCCAUUCAUCAAAAUGCAAAUAUAACCCUUCUACAGGAUAGCCUGUGGUUGCUGCUGAACUCAGGCAGACAUGAAGGGAACAUGUCUGAAGUCCUCAUCUCCCCUCCACCACCCUGCCAAUCAACUGCUGAGCAGUGUCUCUAGGUAACUGUUCUCCACUGCCUAUGGUGACAUGGAGACCAACUGGAAAAUAUCCCCCUUCCAUCCCCAGCAAAUACAUGCACACACAGCAGGCUUCUGACAACUGGUCUUGCUACAGAAUUAGCUUGGUCAGUUUCGGUUUGUGGGCAGCAGCCUUGCAGCGUCCACUUCAGGUCCUGACUUGAGAAAAUGUCUCAGGGUAGGUCAUGGAGCUAAGGAACUGUAUGAAGACCAGUGACACAAAGCUCCACACCUUUCCGACUCUGCUCUCAUUCCCAUUGGGAUAGCGGCAGAGCAUUAAAAAAUUUGGCUAAAAAUUGAAUAUCCUUCUCAUUUACAGUCUUCACUAGGGCUGUUGUACUGGUAUUUAGUGCAUUAGUGAACUUACUGGGUAAUGCGAAGCAGGACAUUCAGACUUGUAUGUUGGUUCAUUGCGAUCUUUUCUUUUAUCAUGUUUGGAAGCCUUAUUUUUAUAAAAAAGGUAGGUGUUUGUCAUAGUCUUUGACUUUAGAGAUUCUAUCCUUUUUAAAGACACUACCUUCAUGAAUAAAGUACUUGAUGUGACCUUGUUUCGGAAGGGACCAAACCAGUGCAUUUAUGCAAGAAUAUUGCAGUCAAGUAACACAGUAAUUUUAUCGCCAACAUUAUUCAUUCCGUUUGCAAGUGGUUUUGGAAAGAUGAAGCUUACAUGAGGAUGGCGCUCCUUUGAUUCAGUAAUUUAAACUGGAGGUGUGAUUUUUUUGCAAAUGUUUGUUGUAUUUAAGCUUUUUUAAAUGUCUUGAAAUAAAUAUUUUGUUAGGUUUUCUAAUGUUCAAAAUGAUCACAUUGUUUGCUUACUUCAAUGCCAUACAAUGUCAAAUUUAGUUGGAAAUGUGUUAGUUAACGUGCAGGUUAACAGAUGUAAGCAUUAAGCUUUUUUCUCUAAAUGCACAAAAGCAGUACACUAAUGGUCCAUAAUUUUACAAAUUCAGUUGAAUGUUUAUUUAACACUAAUCAGAGAACAUGAAAAUGCUAAUUAAUUUGUGCUCUGUUGCCCAUUUAUACAAAUCAUUUUCAAGGGGACUUGUAAGAAAAUAAGCAAAGAUCCAUGUAUAAAAUGUGAAAACAUUUGUGCUAAAGAAUGCUGAAGUAUGUUUCAACAAUAUUUUAAAAAUUUUGAAUUUAAGAAAAAGCUGUAAAAUGACUAGAACUUGUGUUUGUAUUAACUUUGACUUGUUAGCUUUCAAAUAACUCAUAACAGAAUGCCUGAAUGCAAAAAUUCCAAGACCAUUCUAUCAUAACAUUUCUUAUUCUACUGCAUGUCAUGAGUUUAAAAAAAAAGAAAAAAAUAUCAGUAAUCUUCAUUGGGAGAUAAUUUCACAGUUGACCUGUGAUCAA